GGCGGCAGCCUGCGAGCAGUGCUCAUCUGGACGCGGCGCCAUGCUGGCCGCGCCUCGCGACUUCCCCCCACAGCCGAACGCGCGAGCUCUACUGCAUUGCCCGAGACGGCGAGAAGCGCGAUACAGGGCCCACGAAUGCUUGCGGCUGUAGUAGCGGUGGCAGCCGCCUGGAGCGCUUUGGUGCACGCCGGGCCCUGCUGGAACCUGACCCACCCAGAAUGCUGGUUCUCGGGUCGGGCGCUCCUGCACGGCGGCCCCUCGCAGCUGGGCGACUUCCACGGCUGCGUGGACAGGCUGCGCCAGCAGUACUGUCUCCUCUCCCUGCGCCUCGCUCCAGCCGUCGACUCCCGAGAACAGCCCUCCCAGCUCUGGCUCAGUAUCCAGGAGGCGGCGGCGGCGCGGACGCGCUUCCGGCGGGACCUGCUGGAGCGCGGGCUGUGCGUGCCUGCGGGGGCGGCGGCGCAGCAGGUGGCGGAGGGCGUGCAGAGCGCGCUGUCGGAGGCGGCCAGCGCCGAGGGCGUCACUGCCUCCGUGGAGGCUGCGGAGGGCGCCUGCCAGACGGCCGGCGUCGGCGCCUUCCAGUGGGACACCGCGGACGUCGCCGUCGGGGGUGUCGCAGUCUUCCUGCUGGCUCUAAUGGUGGUGGCCACAGCGACCGAAGGACUGCUCCGUCUGAAGAACAGCACUGCCAAAUCUAAAGGCCUGCGGACGUUGCUGUGCUUCUCGGUGAUCUCCAACUGGCGGCGGCUGGCGCAGCCCCCGCGCAAACACCUCAACCUGCGCUACGUGCAGGGCGCGCGCUUCCUCACCAUGACCAUCAUCAUCCUGGGACACCGCAUCGUGCUGCUCGAGGCCGCGCCCAUCCUCAACCCGGAGUUCAUCGAAAAGUCUUACGGCCGGAUAGACUGGACGACGAUAUUCAACGGGCACCUUGUGGUGAACACGUACUUCGUCAUCAGCGGAUUCCUGCUCAGCUACUUGUUCCUCCAGGAAGUGGCCAGCAGGCGGAAGUUCCGCGUCUCCUACAUCUGGUGGGCCUGUCUCUACCGAUACCUCAGGCUGACGCCGUCGUACGCGGCGACUGUGGCGGUGGCGUCGACGCUGGCCCCGCACGCGGGCCGCGGCCCGCUGUGGGCGCGGCUGCUGGGCUGGGACAGGCGCUCCUGCCGCAGCCACUGGUGGGCCAACAUGCUCUACGUCAACAACUACGUGCACGCCGACGACACGUGCCUGCUGCACACGUGGUACCUGGCGACGGACACGCAGCUGUUCGCGGUGUUCCUGGUGGUGCUGGCGGCGGUGUGGCGCUGGCCACGGGCCGCCCCCCACCUGCUGGCCGCCUGUGCCGCCCUCUCCUGCCUCGUGCCGGCGCUCGCUGCCUACUUCCUCCAGCUGGACCCCACGCUGCUCAGUCUGCCAGAGACACUGCGCAGGCUGAGCUACGACGAGACAUUCCUGCAGUCCUACGUUCCGGCGCAUAUGAGCGCAUCGCCAUACGUCGCGGGCGUCAUUGCUGGCUACGUGCUGCAUCGCCGGGAGACCCAAGCACCUGGCAAGCGUCUGCCGAAGUGGGCUGUGGCGCUGUGCUGGGUGGUGCCGCUGACUCUGCCGAUGGCGACGCUGGUGUCGCCGUACCCCUUCUACCAGGACGACUGGCUGGACAGCCCCACGAUCGCCGCUGUCUACCAGGCCUUCUUCCGGCUCACCUACGGCGUCGGCAUCGCCCUCGUCUUCUUCGCCUCUGCGUCGGGCGUCGGCUGGUUCGCGUCGUCAGCGCUGUCUUGGCGGCCCUUCCAGCCGCUGGGCAGACUCACGUACAGCGCCUACCUGGUGCACUACACGAUGCAGAAGUGCAAGUUCGGCCUCCAGUUCCACGAGGAGUACGUGGCUGAGUCGCGCGUGAUAUCGCAUUGGUUCUCUGACAUAAUGGAGGCCUACUUCUGUGCUCUGGUGCUCUGUCUCAUGGUGGAGCUGCCAACCUCAGCACUGUGCAACGUGCUCCUGCCACAGGGCGCAAGAAGAGAGGGUCAAGAAGCUCCCUCAUGGAAGGGGGACGCUAUAAAUGGAGUGAAAGUGUCUAAGAACGCAGUUGUUGGCAGUGGGAUAUCACUCGCGCCGUCAGUCGACCUAAACAUGUCAGCAACGACCGCUUCCGCCAGCACCAACGGGUCAGUGACCACUCUGUCGAUGGAUGGCAGAGCUCCAGCGGGCAAAUUGUCUACUGUAGUCAACGGAUCGCACCGCUCACCACCCGCCACAAUGAACGGAUUGGCAGCGACGCAGUCUGUGGACAGCACCAGCGGAUCGCCUGCAGAUGUCAGCGAGCUCGUUACUACACCAACCAGCGAGAUCUACGGAGCAGCUGUGUGGCGGCUCACGGCGCCGGAUGUCCCCGCAACUACCAUCGAAACGUGUCACCUUUAGUGGCGACCCCACUCCGUAACUCUGUCUGCCCCUUUGGAGGCAGGAGACGACGUGGACCAGUUUGUCAACAGUUGACAGUACACAGAUACGGUGCGAAACAAGUCACUGUGUCAGCAUUGCGCUGGUAUACGAUGUUGUGUCACAUCAGCGUUACCUCCCAAAGAUUAUGCGAGGCAAAAGUGGCCGCAUGUGAUAGUACCGACGUUCAGACAACUGUGAAUAAUAUCAUUCUUUAGCAGCUCAUGAGCCUGUAGGCCGAGUCGAUGUAAGUAUUCCAUUGUGAAUGACAGAACAGGAGGACAGUGGAAAGCCGUCAUAGAUGUUCAUAACGGAUCAUAAGAUCCUACCUUGAUGCAGACAAACAAAAAACAUCUGUGUAACAGUGUAAAGUAUCAUAUGCAUUCCAUUAUGCUUCACAAUGGAUGCGUGUGUUGUAUAUUCGAAUGAAUGUGCCGAGAACGAUCAAGUUUCCUCUGGUUAGUUCUGUUAACCUAUAGAUUGUCGUACAUAUCUAUAUGUUACAUGAUAUUACUGAAACACUUUUUUUAACCAAAAAGCGCUCAUGUACGAGUAUAACAUGCAUAUUCUUACCUAGUCACUUCUACGUUACUCAUAGUUCAUAUGUCUGUCUUAUUUAACAGAUCUGUUAGAAAUAAGGCAUUAUUUUAAUAAUACGACAACAAAUAUUGUACAUACAUGAAGUAUUUAUCAGAAUAAAUGGUGAAUUUUUACGAAAAA